AAUCAAUUGAUCGUUCAUUCACCGCUGUUGUUUUCGUGGUGUUUUAAGACAAAUAAAUAAUAAAUAUACGAUUAUUGCGAAAUAAUAAUCAAAUUAACGCGAUGAUCAGCAGUAUUUUAAACUAGUGCAAUAAUAGUUGUCUUAUUCAACAAGGGACUCCAAAAUUGGUCACGUAUAAAGAAAGCUAACUUUGUGCAAUCUACCUGCAUCGUCGGGCAUAUUUUCGUAAAUAAUUAUUGUGACCCGUUGAAUAUCUUUUUAUUUUAUAUGGACUUAUACGCAGCGGAUACAUUGUGAUGCGUAAAAUGUACGCUUACUUGUGAUUUCGCAUUUAUUCAGACAAAUAUUGGAUUAUUUUUGGUGAGUAUGAAUCUAAUGUGACUUGAUGUGAGCGAAACGAUGACGUCGUUCGCAAAUAUGACGCAGUCGCUGGCGGCGAGCCUGCCCGCCACCACAUCGGCCACGGGCUCCAGCCACAGCUCCAACGGGCCGGAGGACUCCGUCUCGAUGUCGCACAUCCUCUGCGAUCUCCUCGAGAACAUGAACAAACCAUCGACUCAGACGACUGGCGCUUCCACCUCAUCCACAACACCGUACGACAUCUGGGCCAUACCCUCUGGUAGCUCGUUACAAAACGCCACCUUGCCUAGCAUCCGUGAGUACACAGUUUCUAAUAAUAACAAUCAAAGCCAUUCUAAGGAAGACAACUCGAGCGGAUCCCCAGGCACUUCCUCCUCUGUUUCGAUCACCUGUUACCGCUGUGAAGAACGCACCCCGACUACGCGUUGUCUGGAAUGUAAUGAUCUUUUUUGUCAUGAAUGUUGUCAUAAAGUCACUUCUGAUUGCCAACUGAGAGAGCACACGUUGUUGCCUAUCCAUCAAAUCUCACCCAUAGGUGCUAGACCUAACUCCGUCACCAACGACAAGGAAGUCAUGUACUGUGAGCUGCACGGCGACCCCGUCAGAUUCUACUGCGAAGCGUGUAUAAUAUUUAUCUGCCAAGAGUGUACGCUGUGGGUUCAUAAAGAUCACUGUUUUUCGCCAAUCAAGGGUGCAUUAGAUAUGUGUAGAAUUGGCGUUUUUAGAGCGAUAGAAGACACCAAAACCGGCACGAAAGCUAUUAAAACGGCAAUAGAUCGUGCCGUAGCUAUGUCAAAGGCUUACGAAAAGGAAACCGCAGAAGCGAAUAUGAAAAUACGGAAAGCUAUGCGAUGUUUUGCGCAAGCUAUCGAGGAUCGUGAAAAGUAUCUGUUAGAUAAAGUAGAAAAAAUGCGCCAAGCUAAGAUGAAUGAACUAACAGACCAUAUGAAUACUCUUCGUGGCAUUCUGGCCGGAUUGGCGCAUACUAAUGAGACACUAGUGCGCAGUAUGGACUCCGAGGGCAUCGAUCUAUUUAUGGCCAAGGAAAAGGGAAGAGCCCAAGUCGACUAUUUUUCUUGCAUGUUUAAGAAUAUGUAUAUGACUGAAGAGCGUAUUAUGUUUAUACCUCCAAACUAUGAUUUAGUUGACCAGAUUAAGAGGCAAUGUGAUGUGCAAUCUGCUCCUGCAAAUGCAAUGCACACAUUGAGUUCGUCUUCAUCUCUACAAUCGAGACAGUCUUUACUGCACUCCUUACAGUCGGCACAAACGUUUCCGCCGUUAUCUUAUCAAAUGUCUGCUUCUAGUAGCUUACGAUCAUUACCAGACUAUACGAACCACACACGAUCUACGAACUAUUAUGAUCACAGUAUCUCGUCUAGCAUAUCUAUGGACUCGAACCCUGCACGUGGUAUUGGUCAAGCGAUACCAGGAUAUUGGAUGUCGGUUUCGGUGAAGCCUACUAGAAGUCCGGUAUCUGGUGUGCCAAUGUUUUCAUUUGGGAGAGAAGGUCAGGAUGAAGGACAGGUUUCUAGACCGUGGGGGUUGUGUGUAGAUAGAGAAGGAAACAUAAUUGUAGCGGACAGAAGAAAUAAUCGGAUACAGAUAUUUAACGGUCGUGGGGAAUUUAGAACCAUGUUUGGUUCUAAAGGAACAGGACCAGGAGAGUUCGAUCUCCCUGCAGGCAUAACGACCGACACAUAUGGACGCAUAAUUGUUAUCGACAAGGACAAUCACAGGGUUCAAAUAUUUACCUCUUCGGGCAAUUUUAUCUUAAAGUUUGGUUCCUUCGGUAAGGAAUGUGGUCAGUUCCAAUAUCCGUGGGAUGUAGCUGUUAAUACUUUAGGCAAUAUCGUGGUGACUGACACUCGUAAUCAUCGCAUCCAGUUAUUCACUAGUGACGGCACUUACAUCACAAAGUUUGUUUUCGAAGGAGCUAAUCCCGCUAAAAUGCUUAAAGGACCGACGACCCCUAGAGGUAUAUGUUUUACGACUUCAGGAAAUAUAAUUGUAUCAGAUUUUGAAAAUCAUCGCUUGCUAAUGGUCGAUCCAACGCUUUCGAAAGUUUUGCAUUGUGUAGGUCGUGAAGGGUCAGGAAUCGGCGAACUGAAUCGACCAUCGGGAAUCGUGACUGAUGAUGACGGGAGAAUUAUUGUGGCAGAUUCUAAAAACCACCGCGUACUAGUAUUCACAUCGGAGUUGCGUAUUUUAUGGGCUGUAGAUUUGAAGAGUCCCGGUCUUGAUGAUAAAGAUCGACCGAGCGACGUAGCUUUAACUCCCGAAGGGUUCCUCGUAGUAUUGUUUGAAACUUUACCUGACACCGCCCGCGACAUCACUUCUCACGGUAAACAAUAUAUUAAAGUAUAUUGAUCAGAAAUAAUAAGUUAAGUGUAUUGACAAAUGUAAAACGCCAAGUGAAACUAACGACGUGGGCCGAAGGUCCAUCAAAUUUUAUGUUUGUUUUGUUUAAUUUGUGAUUACUUUCAUAAUGUGCCAAUUUUAUUAUUAAUGUUUGAAAUCUGAAUCGAGCAUAGCUUGUACGGAGGAUUUUUAUUUGUCGUUGACAUUAUGUUACGUGCGAAUGAAAUCCUCCUUAAAUUAAAAACUUUUGUUACCAUAUUAUUUUGAUUUCAGUUUCAUGUGGAACUAGUCUUUAAAGACCAAACUUUGUUUGCAGUGUUGAUUUACACAGUAAUUUUGCGCCACUGACCAUAGCUGAAUCAUCUAUAUAGAAACUCAAAUCAAACAUUUACAGUAAUCCGCGACCGUUGAAACUUUGAGUUUAGUUUUAUGCAUUGCAUAAACAAAAGAACGAAGCGUCAAAAUUUUAUUAGAGAUAAAAGAUCACAAUGUUGUGAUUUAAAAGAUGUUUUUAUGUGAGAUAAUUUUAAAACUAACUUUGAAAGUAUUUUUCAAAUGUUACUUUUGCGUUUUUUUUAACUUGGUUAAAUAAAAUUAAUUGAAUAAUGCACACGUUGAUACGUAUUCUUAUAUUAAGUUAUUUUGCGUACUAAUUUAGAUAUUUUAUAUACCUACUUUAAAAUUGCAAUGAUGGCUCUACGCCAUGAUUCUAUAUGAAAUAAUUAAUUAGUUUAUAGAUUAACUUCAUUUAGAUUUAUUUUGAUUAAGACUUGAGGCGCGGGAAGGGGUUAGUUAACUGAGAUAAGAAAUUAAUGCAAUAAAACUUGGAGACUGACUUUAGAAGACUGUCUUAAAGACGUAGUUCCGUUGCGGGCGGGCAGGUAUCGCGAAUCCGAUGCGUUAUGUUAAAUGCAAUUUUUACUACCAAAAUAUAGGUAUUUAUUACAUUAUAUUUUGACGGUUAUUUUAUUGGCGAUGAAGUUUUUUUUUUUCAUAUUAAAUUAAUCAAACGUUAGCUAUUUUUUUUUAAAUUAAUUGGAAUGCAAUUAAAUUACCGUUUUAUUUCUACAAGGUUACGUAUUUAUUUUGGUAUUCCUUGACGUAGUGCUAUAGACGUUAAAAAAUAAAUAAUAAUUAAUCACUAGCUAAUUGUAAGAUCCUAUACUUACCUUAAUAACUUCUACUUAUGUAAAUAAGUCACGUGACUCGUUGAUUUAAAUUAGCUAAUUCAUAGAUAUUCUUCUACAUAUUAAUUUUUCAAUUAGAGAUAACGGUUCGUUGUAUACAAGUCUAAAUUUGUGUUAGUCCAAAUAUUUUAGCAAAAUUGUUUCUCCAAAAUUGUAUGAAUUAUCGCAUAGUCUAUUUUUUAAAUGUAUCGAUGGGUGAGUCGACCGUAUUAGAUCUAAUACACUGUGUUCAGUCAAUAUGUGUUCACUAUUUUAAUAUAAGUUUAGUAUAAAUACGUUCGAAUCGGGCGGUUCGGAUAACGUCUUAUUCGUACAGUAUAGUGUAACUGCGUGUGGUAGUUUUUACUCAGGUUGAGGUCUUGCUUCCGACGUAGGCUAUAAUUCCGUGCUAGCAAAAUUGUAGAUCGCAUUUACAAGCUGCCAUUGGAACAUUUUAACGUAAGCGUCGAUUAACUAUAUUGUAAGCAAUUGACCCCAACAGAUUUCCUUGUGGGAUACCUCACAAGAAACCUCUAAUAUCUAUAAUAAUUAUUAUAGAUUAGUCCAAAGCUACCUACGGCACCAGUAUCAAGUUUAGACGAGCAUUUAUCCAUAUUCUAACGAAACUUAUAAGUACCAAAGCUAUAUUAACUUGUAUAUCGACUAUAAGCUCACGCUCUCAACAGAUAUAAUCUUUGAUCAAACCUAACCGCUUUGUACGUAUAAAUAAUCUAUAUCUACUAUUAAAUUAGUCAACUUAUCAAUAUAUUACAUCGAUGAACUAGAAUUGUAGCCUUUGAAGAUUUACGCUAAAGCAAUGUUCCCAAUAAUAUUGAGCAUAUUUGUAAUGGAAAAUUUACUAGUUAAAAGUAUGGUUAGAAUAAUGGUUUACAUUUAUGUACUUAGGUUUAGGAUAGUGUAAGAAUUCUUGAAGUUUUUUUUUAUAUUUAGUAGGCUGCGCUGACUGCUAAUUGGCUGGUAUAGAACUUUUUGGACAUGACAGGCGACGACGUUUCCAUGUUAGAUUAAAUUAUGGGAGCCUGGAUAAGCCAAUUAACAUCACAAAAUUUACUAUACUACAGUCGCUUAUCAGUUCGAUUUUGGUCUAAUUUAAUGCUCCACUGGUGGCCCAUACCAGUAUUUACUGACAUUUGGUGCAUUUGGGCACGACAUGGCAAUCAGACAAUUGUACUUAUUCGGAUACUCUAAUCUCUAAACUAAAUUGACAGGUCCAAAAAUGUGCUAGCCAUUUUUCACAAUAUUUCCUGCUGAAAAGAAUAGCACUCUUUGUAACCCUUUUUAGUAAGUUAAGAGAUUUGUGUACAACCAAAACGGCAGCAAUAUGUGAUUCAAGAGAUUCCCUAUCAUUGACUUGUCUAGGAUUUUCUGAGACAAAUAUACAUAACUUUGACAAAUUGUAAGAAACCUGAUGAUUCUCGAUAAUGCAGUACAUAUAUGUCAGUGAAAUACUAGAUACUUUGAUCUAUUAAUAGAUUUUGAAAUAUUUUUCUAGAUUACUUGAUCUAUUUUAAUUUUUUUAAUCUAAAAAAAUAUUUAAAAAUAUAUUUGAAUGCGGUGGUACUCACAUAUUGACAUUAGAUGAUGGUACUCAAACGAAAAAGAUGAAUACUUUCACGUAGUAAUUUACAACAAACUGACUAGGUGGCGCUACAGGUAUUUCAAUCACUAUGAAGCCUGAAUGGCGGUAACGAAGUUUUUACUUUCAUCUUAUGUGUGUGAUACAAGAUCAAAGUAUCUAAUAGUGAUGCCAGGUGUCAGAUUUGACUAUUAAUAGUUUUUUAUACCUACCACUUAAGAGCCUUUGCACAUGAUGACUUUUUCCAAAGCUGAUAAUUAAUUAUGUGUGCGAAACUUUAGUUCCGUCUGUGGACCUUCAAUUGCGCGUGAAAAAGUCUUAGUGGGCAAAGGCUAAUUACUGGCUUACCACAAAAACUUUAAGUCGCGGUUUAAAAUGAUAAACCAGUUAGCCCAUACAAAACGCAGGUAUUUAACGUUAGUUUAAACCUGGUUUAAAUUUUUGUGGUGAGGCCCUAAAUUAAUUAUUAUUGUUCUUUAGUAUUAACAAUUAGUCACUUCAAACAAAAAUUUUCGUUCGUGGUUAAUUAAAUUUUUAGAUAUAAAUAAAAUGAACUGAUUUAUGUGACUGAAAUAUAGUCUGAGUUAACGUAACACUAUCAGUUAAGGUCGGAAAAUUGUUGUUUGAAGUCUUGCGUGAAAAUGGCUGAAUGUCGUGCGAUUAUUUGCUUGGCACUGUUUCUAUAGAAUAAGAUAAUCUAAACAAAAGGUGAAUCGUUUAACUUCAUAUUAUACUUUUAAUUAACAAGGCGUUUAACCUUUAGGUGAUUAUUCUGGUUGAUGGUUAUUUUGUAAUUAUAUUUUCUUUCUCAAUCAAAAUUUGCAGGUCAAUCUGUUUUAACGGAGGUUCUCAAUUCGAUGUGUUUU